CUUCUGCCUGCCCCUGCCGCACUGCUCCAUGGCCCGGUGUAGGACGCUGGUGGCCGCCGCCCUGGCGCUGCUCCUGCCGUCAGCCCUUGCGUGGUACAAGCCUGCGGCGGGAUCCCACCCCUACUCGGUGGGUCGCGCCGCGGGGCUAUUGUCAAGUUUCCACAGGUUCCCGUCCACGCGACGCUCCGAGUCCCCAGCACUCCGGGUGGGAACCGGACCUCUGCGCAACUUGGAGAUCCGCGCCAGCGUAAGGAGCCUGGCCCUGUGUGUCAAAGAUGUGACCCCGAACCUGCAGAGCUGCCAGCGGCAACUCAACAGCCGAGGGACUUUCCAGUGUAAGGCGGACGUCUUCUUGUCGCUGCACAAGGCUGAGUGCCCGAGCGCCUGAACCCCAACUCAAACCUAGACGCUGCGGCCGGUGACUCUCUCCCUCCACCACCCAUGCCCAGUCUUCCUUGAAGUAGCACAGGCCCUGCGUGGUUUGGCUCCUGUGGCCCCUAAUUCCCACCAUGCUCCACAGCAAAUGACUAAACGAAUAAAGACGCAAAACUGUCUCUGGA